UGGCCCUCAAACCGAGUAGUCCCAUAUUCAGCGUCGUGGACAAACUCCUGUACGCUGCCCUCUACUUUUGAUCGAGUGACUUACGGCCGAAUAGAUUUGAUCAUCCUGGUUUUGUAAGUAUUACACACUUCCAGAAUGCAUACUCGCUAUCCCGGCCGCCAGGAUGCCGACCCAGCGCCUCCGGCCCAGUCGCUCAGCUUCCCCUUCCCGCCAACCGUCGCCUGGAACCGCCUUGUGAAGAGCGCCCUAACGGAACGAAAUGCCUCAGACGUUACCAAGUACGACAUUCAUCCCGAGCCGCACCUUGAGGCCGUUGGAAACCCCGUCAUUUCCCUCACAAACGAGCCCGUCGAAAGCGACGGGCGCUUCGAGGCGUGGCGCCUCGUAUCAGCCGCGGGCAAGGCCGGCAGCUCGUUAUUUCUGGGCCAGGUCACCCGUUCAGGACGCCAGGUCACCAUAGAUAUCAAGAAGAACCCUGUCUUGGCUUCUGACGUGCAGCUGGUGAAGGGGUUGGCGGACAUUAGAUUCAACAAGCGACAUACGGCAACGGCAGAGUGCCAUCAGCUGAAUAAUAGUGUGAUGUACUCGUCAGUGCACCUCGAAAAGGCCUGCUUCGUCCGUACCGACGCAUACGGCGCCUCCUUGCAGAAUCGGGCGCUGUUUGUCACCGAUAUCGCCGACGACAUCCGCAUGCAGAUGGGGUCUGAGUUCGUAAUGAGCGUCAAGACCAACAGCGUCGAGUCACAGGAGUCUGGUUUCACGAUCGAGACUGCUGGGCUUUGCCAGCUGCUCAAGCAGCACAAAUUUAACUUCUUCGAGCUCGGCGGGGCAUCCCACGAGGCGGUCUUCCUCGAGUUCGCGGAGAAGAUUGCGCCAACCUUUGUCACAGGCGGUGUUCGCUCAGUCAGUGCCAUGUUCGACAUUGGACAGGCCAGACUCGAGGGUGUCGGUAUCGGACGGCCUGCCUGCAUAGGACCGAGAUUGCCAAGAGACAUAUUCAAUAUCCGCUUCAGGACCUGUAUCAAGUCUUGGUUUGAUGAGCAGAACUUUGGCCUUAGAACUGCGCUGGCGGGGACACAGACCCGACAGAUGGGCCGCAACGAGGAGUCGGCGGAUAACCUGUUGAAGGAUCCCAAGUUAGCUGAGAGCAAUGGACGGUUGUACGGGUUCGUAAAGGCCAAGGGAGCGCCCGUUGGCCACGAAACACGUGCUGUUCGACAUACCCAAGUCGCCUACGACUUUGUAGUCAAGGGGUCAACGUGGGUAGCAACAAGUGUACGUACGCAACAUCAGGGAAUGAUGUAUGUUGGAUGUGUGUUGCUUCUGUCGAUGGGCAAUCCGAGGUCGGCUGGCAAAGUCCACCCCGACAAAGGGCUGCCUGCAGAAGAAUCGGACCCUUAGGUUCCACUUCCCUGGAAGAGAUGGAGAACCCAACAUCUCAAAAUAGCAGAGACACAAGCCAUCUCGAUUUCGAGGUGGGGCAGUCGUUUCGCUGGGCGACGGGAAUGAUGAUAGACGAAGAAUAUGGGGAAGUAGACUGCGUGAUCUACAAGCUGAUGUGGCGUCCAGAACUGGGUCGGCUGCUUUGUUCACUAAACUUGGCAGAGCCCAGUCCGCGCGUUAUUGAAGGUGUUGCUUGGAGCCGAGCACUGGCAAGUCUUG